AUUCCAGACAUCGUCGACUGUACUCGUACUAUUGGGCUUCCCCGCGGUCCGGCCUCACUCCAUUCAGAUAAGAGAGGAUUUCAUUUCCAAUUUAGGCCAGAGGUAAAAAAAAGAGCAGGGCGGGAGCCAGAGAGGAGAAUUUCUAUAAUGGGAACCAUUUCUUGCCCAGUCUCUUUGUGUUCUCCGUCGAAGUUUUUGAAAGGAGGAUUUCGCUCCCGUUCUUCCUUGAGGAUGCUUGAUGUGCGUUGCACCGUCGGAGAGGCUGUGGUAGAAUCGAAUGUUUCCACUGCUAUUGAACCCCUUCUGAUAAAUGCCAUUCGAGGAGAAAAAGUUGAACGACCUCCUGUCUGGCUAAUGAGGCAAGCAGGGAGGUACAUGAAGAGCUACCAAAUGAUAUGUGAAAAGUACCCUUCAUUUCGUGAGAGAUCAGAAAAUGUUGAUCUUGUUGUUGAAAUUUCUUUACAGCCAUGGAAGGUUUUCAAGCCUGACGGGGUUAUAUUGUUCUCAGACAUCCUAACGCCCUUGCCAGGCAUGAACAUUCCAUUUGACAUUCUCAAAGGAAAAGGUCCGGUCAUACACGAUCCACUAAGAACAGCUAAUGAUGUUGCCGGAGUAAAGGAGUUUGUUCCAGAAGAAUCAGUUCCCUAUGUAGGGGAAGCAUUGUCAAUUUUAAGGGAGGAGGUAAAAGGCAAAGCUGCUGUAUUAGGCUUUGUUGGGGCUCCUUUCACUCUGGCUUCUUACGUUGUUGAAGGUGGUUCAUCAAAGCAUUUCUCAAAAAUAAAAAGGUUGGCCUUCUCACAACCCAAGAUUCUACAUGCAUUACUGCAAAAAUUCACCAACUCCAUGUCAAGAUACAUCAAAUACCAAGCAGACAAUGGAGCUCAAGCUGUUCAGAUUUUUGAUUCCUGGGCAACAGAGUUGAGUCCAGUAGAUUUUGACGAAUUUAGCCUUCCUUACUUGAAACAAAUGGUAGCCUCUGUUAAGAACACACAUCCACAUCUUCCAUUGAUCUUAUAUGCCAGUGGAUGUGGAGGAUUGCUCGAGAGACUCCGCCUAUCAGGCGUUGACGUUGUUAGCUUGGACUGGACAGUCGACAUAGGGGAAGGACGAAGAAGAUUGGGUUUAGACAUAGCGGUUCAAGGAAAUAUCGACCCAGGUGUUCUAUUUGGAUCGAAAGACUUCAUAACGAAACGGAUUCAUGACACAGUCGAAAAGGCUGGUACGAACAAGCAUGUCUUGAAUUUGGGACACGGUAUUGUUGUAGGAACACCGGAAGAAAAUGUUGCCCACUUCUUUGAAGUGGCAAAGGAAAUCAGGUAUGGUAAUAUAUCUGAUUGAUUCAAUAAUUUAUGAACUAAGCAUGUGUGUAUGUGAGAGAACCAUGAAUCGAAGCUUAACCAUCGUCGUUAUCAAAUGAGGUGAAAAAUUUUGUAAAUUUUGAUUUUGUUAAAACUCAAAAUAAUACCAAUUUAUUUUUU